AGAGAGAGAGGAUGAGAAAGAGAGAGAGAGGAUGAGAGAGAGAGAGAGAGAGAGAGAGAGAGAGUGAAUGGGGAGUUUGAGUGUUGCCGGUGCUCUCUGUGUUGAAGUGGUGUUCAGAGAGUUUCAUUCAUGUGUCGUCACUCGGAGCCGCUUCACCUGUAGACUGUUCCUAGACUUCUGCACAUCUGACUCCAUCUGAAUGAGGUCAAACUCUGAUCUACAAUCUAUUGAAGUUGAUCGCUUUCAACACAGCGGUCAUAAUGAGAAAUGAACAUCAUUCCUCUGUAAUAAGCAACAAAAAGCAAGAUAACAUCAUCAAAGUCACAGAAGAUAUUGAUGACCUCCAAGAUUCAAUGCUCCUGAAAGCUCUCACUCCAGAGGAGAACACACAAUGUCGGCGUGGUUUGUACUUCCAGGACGGCAAGAGACGGGUGGACUACAUCCUCACUUACCAGAUCAAGAAGACCAGCAGCUCCCGCUCGCGACGCCACACCACACGUCUUACAGACAACGCUUUCACUCGCACCCUGCGCCGGGGUCGAGGGCCGCCCCUGCCCAAACAUGACCCUGAAGCGGGCUCUCCCGCACACAACAUGGACCACCACGAUGAUGACAAGUGUUUACGACGUGAGGAGUUUGAGAGUAACCUGUUGGAGAUGGGCCUGGAGCUGGAGCGAGAUGAGGAGACCAAAACCUCUGGUGUCGGCUUUGUGAAGAUUCACGCUCCUUGGAAUGUUCUCUGUAGAGAGGCGGAGUUUAUGAAAAUGAAGAUGCCUACCAAAAAGAUGUAUGAGGUCAAGCAGAGCAGAGGCGUGAUGGAGAAGAUCAACACUUUCAUCUGCAAACUGACGGAUCCUCUUCAUCCAAACGUUGAGGAGAACAGGAUACACAACGUGAAGCACCUCUCGUACCCCUUCUCCAGAGAAAAGCAACAUUUGUUCGAUUUGUCUGAUAGAGAUUCAUUUUUUGAUAGUAAAACCAGAAGUUCAUUAGUCUUUGAAGUUUUGAAACGAACUAAGUGCACAAAAGCUAAAUUUAGUAUGGGAAUAACAAGUCUUCUGGGGAGCGGAGUUUAUACGGCAGCCUAUUCGUUACAUGAUGGAGAUGUUGACGGGGGACACGCAGAGCCGAAUGACAGAAAGUUGCUGUAUGAAGAGUGGGCCAGUUAUAGUGUGUUCUAUAAGUACCAGCCCAUAGGUUUGAUCAGGAAGUAUUUUGGAGAGAAGAUUGGUCUAUACUUUGCUUGGCUUGGCAUCUACACACAGAUGCUGAUCCCUGCCUCUUUAGUGGGAGUCUUCGUUUUCCUCUAUGGAUGUGUUACUGUUGAUGAUGACAUUCCAAGUAUGGAAAUCUGUGACCCGCGGAGGAACAUCACCAUGUGUCCGCUGUGUGACCGAGUGUGCAGUUACUGGAACCUGAGCACCGCGUGUGGGACGGCUCGGGCCAGUCAUCUGUUCGAUAACCCCGCCACGGUCUUCUUCUCCAUCUUCAUGGCUCUGUGGGCCGCGUUCUUCAUGGAGCACUGGAAGAGACGGCAGAUGCGGCUCAACUAUGAGUGGGAUCUCACGGGCUUCGAGGAGGAGGAGGAGGCACUGAAGGAUCACCCACGAGCUGAAUAUGAAUUCAGAGUCAUGCAGAAAUCUCUAAAGAAAGAUCACAGAUCACAGAAGCCAGAGAAAGAGAAGUUGACCUGUAAAGACAGAUUUCCAGCCUACAUGACAAACAUCAUCAUGAUGUUAUUAAUGAUCGGUGUGACGUUUGCUAUAGUGUUUGGUGUGAUUUUAUACCGGAUAUCAACCAAAGCAGCUCUUGCUAUGAGCUCAAACCCCAUGACCCGCUCGAACGUGAGGCUGACAGUUAAAACCACAGCGGCCAUAAUAAAUCUGGUGGUGAUUCUCAUUCUGGAUGAGGUGUACGCCGCCGUCGCCCGCUGGCUCACCAUCCUCGAGGUUCCCAAAACAGACAAGAGCUUUGAAGAACGCCUCAUCUUCAAAACCUUCAUUCUCAAGUUUGUGAAUGCCUUCACUCCUAUCAUAUACAUCGCUUUCUUCAGAGGCAGACUCGGCGGUCGUCCAGGCAGUUAUCUCUAUGUGUUCGAGUCGUAUCGUAUGGAGGAGUGCGCACACGGCGGCUGUCUGAUGGAGCUCUGCAUUCAGCUCAGCAUCACCAUGUUGGGUAAACAGCUCAUCCAGAACAACCUCUUUGAGAUCGGCAUCCCCAAACUGAAGAAGUUGAUCAGGUACAUCAAGUCCAAGAGAGCAUCUUUCCAGCAGCAGGAAUACGAGAAGAAGUUGCAGCGUUACGAGACCGAUUAUUUCCUCGAGCCCUUUGCGGGCCUUAGCCCCGAGUACAUGGAGAUGAUAAUUCAGUUUGGAUUCGUGACUCUGUUCGUGGCGUCUUUCCCUCUGGCACCGCUGUUUGCUCUCCUCAACAACAUUAUAGAAAUACGUCUGGAUGGCAAGAAGUUUGUGGCUGAGCUUCGACGUCCCGAUGCGGCCCGAGCCAAAGAUAUUGGAAUCUGGUACAAUAUACUCAGAGGAGUGGCUAAAGUGGCAGUUAUUGUCAAUGCAUUCGUGAUCUCCUUCACAUCCGAUUUUAUUCCACGGCUGGUCUAUCAGUAUAUGUACAGUCCAGAUGGCUCCAUGCACGGCUUUGUCAACCACACGCUCUCAUAUUUUAAUGUCAGUCACUUUCAGAAUGGCACCGCCCCGCUGGAGCCCUUCUACCUAGGCAUUCUUGUGGACAUCUGCAGGUAUAAAGACUACAGAGAGCCUCCCUGGUCUCCAACACCUUAUGACAUCUCCAAACAGUUCUGGGCUGUGUUGGCAGCUAGACUAGCAUUUGUCAUUGUGUUUCAGAACGUGGUCAUGCUGAUGAGUGAUGUGGUGGACUGGAUCAUCCCAGACAUUCCCAAAGACAUCAGUGUGCAGAUUCAUAAAGAGAAGAUUCUGAUGAUGGAUCUGUUCAUGAAAGAGGAACAGGGGAAGACACAGCGAGCGGACGGUGUGUCGUCCAGCGGCUGUAAAGAGUCACUGACCCGCUCUCGCUCUAUAUCUCACACACCCUACAAGAACUACUAACAUCAUGUCAAACACACACAUUCCAGUGAUGAACACAAGUGCACGCUGACUUCGCUUGCCAUGACUUCUCAAGUGCCCUACGUUUCCUUUUCACAGAUGUUCUUCAUUCUGUCAGUGAAUUGAAGAAAUCUGCAGUAAACUUGAAAACACACAAAGCCAGAGCUCAAUGCCCAUGAUAGUGUGAAAAAAAGAAUCUUGCCGAGCAAACUGUUGAUAUGAUGAAAGCGUGAACGCGUGUUGAGCUGUUUCUACAUGACACACACAUCAUGAACUGUGUUCAUCGAGUCAAGUAUUUUUUUGCAAAGCCAAACCUGCUGCAUGUGCAACAUAAACAGGAAUAUAUCACACACAUUAUCAGCACAGAUUCUCAGUCUAACAGCUGGAGGAGGACGACGGCUCGUUUCCAUUGGUGGUGAGAAUAUGCUCAAGGUUCUACUUGUUUCUGUUUGCAUCACACACUGCAGUACGGCAGAGAUUGUGUCUAAAAAGAGUUUUUUGUAGGAUUUGAAUUUUCAGCUUCACAUAACAGAUCAAUGUGUGAUCACCCUUCACAUGAUCAAAUAGACUGUAUCCAUCUGACUGUAAAUCAAUCUUUUGUGUGUAAAUUGUUGAUUUCAAGAACAGUUUUGAACCACAGCUAACAUGACGUACACUUUGAUGUCCACUGCCUUAAACCCAUGUCAAUUUGAACAUAUCUGGAACGUCUCAUAUUUCCUUCCACUGUGGUAUAAUAGUCCAUUUUUCUAUUGCCUUUUUUCUACAUCUGCUGCUUUCAUAUUUAAUGGUGCUUAAGUCUUAAUUGUUUCUUCUGUGUCUGUACAUGACCACAUAACCACCAUCACAACAUUAGACACGAGCAUAUAGACAGAUGUGUAAGAGUUAUUUCUCCUGUGCUUAUCACCAUUAUACAGUAAAACACAAACAAUUCAAUGUCAGCUUCUGCUCCAAAGAUUAAAACUUUUAUCAUCAAGUUCAAUUGUUUGAAAUAUGGUUCAGUGUUGCUUUUUAAAACCAAGUAGAAAUUGUGUAAAUGUGCCUGCCACCUGUCUACUCAGUGAUGAUGACAACAUAUAAAUGACAAAUGUUUGCUUUUAUACACUGUAUGUAGUGAAUAUCUGCUAUAAUAAAACCUGCAGCAGUCCAUCAAUGA